AUGGAACCUAUAACCAACACUAAAGACAGGGUUAGAGCAAUCCCAGAGACGUACUCAUUGCCGGCGGACGCAAGCGCACGUUCUUUCAUCUCGCUCCCCUCAGAGAUCCGAAAUCAGAUAUACGACCUACUGUACGUCUUGGAUGAACAACUCUUCGUAUGGGACACGGGCGCACGUUGGGGAGGUGUCGAAUCAGAAGCGGCGCUGAAUUUUGGGCUACUCUUCAGCUGUCGCCAAGUUUACUGGGAAGCUGCCAGCGUUCUAUAUCAACGGAACCACUUCUUCGUGUCAUCCUGGUACGAACAGGCUUAUUUCAAGAAAUGGUCCGAACAACUCGGUCCUCGGUCGCAAUUCCUGAGACAUGUCACCAUCGAUUACACCGCUUUGUCUUCCGAGCUGGAGGAAGAUCACGGCCCCACUUGGGUAGUCGCUCUCGACUUGCUGCCGUUGUUACGAUUGCUUUGGACCGAGUCUGGAGCAAUGCUGCAAGUCUCGAUCGAGACUCCAAGUUAUAACGAUGCGCCCGCCAUAUUCAACAACGCUUUCAGAUCCAUCGCUCAGGAAGACCAGCUAAACCUCAGACGGUAUUCAAAUUUACUUGCAUCGGUGAUCUUGAGGGUUGAAGGGACCAUGGGCACGGUUACCUUCGCAAGCACUACCCCCGAAGCGAACGUGCAAUCUACUUUCUCAUGCUCAGAUGAAGGGAAGGUAGUCACUAUGAGCCAAAUUCCGCGGAAACCGGAGCUCUCAGCUUUACCUGCAUCCGUUUAUCAUGCUAUCAUUGCAUAUGCAGUCCAGCCUACCGUAAAGCUCUUCGCUAGCCCGCUCUCUACGAUACUGCCGCCGUGGAAGUCCCCUGUGUUCCGUGUCAAUCGCAAGGUACGGUCAGACGCCCUAUACCAUGCGUAUAGAACCACUUCGUUCAUCUUCAUGCUCGCUUCAGAAGGUCUCCGACCCAAUUUCGGCGGAUUCUCAUAUAUAGAGAGAUUGCGUAUGGUAAGAGCCGACUCAGAGAAUGAAGCCCAACUCUGGCCACACGGUUUCGCCAGCGACGUCGACCUCUUGGCGAGAAACUUCCAGCUUUUGCUUGAAAUUAGUCUUCGGCCAGAGGAUCAAGAUAUGGAUGAUGUUCGCAUCGACAUAAUCGAGCUGCUUCGAGCCACGUAUCAAUCGCGCCCUUCCAUGGUCAUAACUGUUCGGUUGCGCUCAUUACGCGACGGUGUCAGCAGCAACACCCAGUCCUCAUUCACACUCAAACAGCUGAGACUGAAUGUAUUCAUCGUUCUGUCUCAAGUCUUCGAGGACGAGGACUACAGAAGGCAUGGGCGCUGUCCGGCUGUCUACAUCAACGGCAAGGGUCAUCCAGUGGAGCUCGUCUACCACGCGGAUGAUGUCAUCAGAAUGUUACCAGACCAGUCUCAGGUGUUCAAAAAUCAAGAAUCGAUAUCGAAGAAAGCGAAGAGAUAUGAACAAAGGUUGCGACAUCGGGAAGAGUUUCUUCACCAAGAAGGCUGUAUAUCACUUGGCAAAAUGUGGGACAGCUUGACACUCAUGAUUUGGCCUCGUAAGCCCAGCUACGACAAAUGGUGA